AUGGCGCCUGUUGAGCAGCAAAGAUCCCCUCCGGGAAGGGUGACGCUGCAGCAGCUCCCCCAGGAGGUGAUUGAGACCAUCGCCGAAUUCUGCGGCGACAUUUCCGGCGUCUCGCCCUCCGAGCAGACGGACACUUUUACCGAAGACGUCGUCAAACCUUACCUGGACUCAACGGCUUCCAACACCUGGAGCCCGGUAUACAACGACCUUCGCGCCCUGGCCCUUGUCUCGAGGACAUUUUCUAACCCGGCGCAACGUGCCUUGUUCAAGGUUGCUAUGGUCAAGACCACCGGCCACCUCAUGCGCCUUAUUCGCAGCCUAUUGCUCUACCCAAACAACAGACGCUACGUGCGUUGCUUCGUAGCCGCCAUCAAUGAUCAUGUGCGCUGGAUGCCGCAGCGCCUCAUCUCUCCUCAGCCCCUGGUUUUGGUUCCCCUGUUUCAGGAAACUUUGAAGGCUCUGAACGACAAUAAACUCAGAAUAUCAUUUCGACUCAUUGACUCUAUGGUUGUCAAUCUGCACACCCUUGAGGACCAGCUCCUCACGGCCACUGUUCAGCUUUGUCCUAAAAUCACAGCCACCCGUAUUUGCUUCUACUUACCCCACCGCCAUGCCGAGAGGGGACCGCAACCAACGAGCCAGCCAGCGCCGAACCCGCCCAUUUACGCCAGCCUCCUGGACAAUCACCACCUCCCACAGCUGAAGGCUCUAACCCUUGACUUCGGCGCGCUCCUGUCGUUGACUAACCUCAUACAAUACGUACAACCCGGCUACCCAACCGGCUUGCCACCCUCCGUUGAGCGCCUCACGCUCGUCGGAAACAAGACGGAGUCGGAGCUUCCUUAUCACCUCUUCGACCUGAAUAUCUUCGCUAAAUGGUUAGGCACAAAUAAGAAGUUCCGAGAGUUGCGCAUGCUAGACGGCUUCGACAAGCUUAUUAUGUACCAUCGGUUCCGGAAUUCUCAUCCCCAGCCAAAGAAUUGGAACAAUAUCCUCCUUUCUUACCGUGACACCCUCGAAGUCCUGGUAUUGGACUGUUACAGUUCUACCUUCGCCAUCCCGCAGGGGCGCUUCGGGGCAUCAGGAAUGCUCGAUUGUCUCCCCGAGCUGCACAAGUUGCGCUAUAUCAAGGCGCCGCUCCAUGCUUUUAGCGGUAAUCAGUUCGGUCUCCCUCUGGAUGUGGAGGAUUGGGAGGUCACUUGGUUGAUGCGCACUGGACUUCCUCCUUGGUGUAGGAAGAUUGAUGUGAUGGUCAGGAACCCACUUCAGUGUGGCAGCGGCGGGGAGAGGAUGCCGUCGACGUGGAGGGUGGUUGAGUUCCGGCUGUAG